AGACGGAUUUGAAGUUUUCAAAGACUUGCUCUGCUGAUAAGGACUUGUGCUCAAAGCUGAGGACCUAAGCCAUUUGCCAAAAUGUGCAAAGGACUUGCAGCCUUGCCCCACUCAUGCCUGGAAAGGGCCAAGGAGAUUAAGAUCAAGUUGGGAAUUCUCCUCCAGAAGCCGGAGUCUGCUGCUGACCUUGUCAUUCCAUACACUGAGAAGGCGGAGAAACCAGCCAAGACCCAGAAACCCUCAUUGGACAAGGCCCUGCAGUGGCGUGAUUCCCUGGACAAGCUCUUGCAGAACAACCACGGACUUGCCAGUUUCAAAAGUUUCCUGAGGUCUGAAUUUAGUGAGGAAAACCUUGAGUUCUGGAUGGCCUGUGAGGAUUACAAGAAGAUCAAGUCCCCUGUCAAGAUGGUUGAGAAGGCAAAGAAAAUUUAUGAAGAAUUCAUCCAAGCGGAGGCUCCUAAAGAGGUGAAUAUUGAUCAUUUCACGAAGGACAUCACAGUGAAGAACCUGGUGGAACCUUCCCCAAGCAGCUUUGAUGUGGCCCAGAAAAGAAUCCAUGCCCUGAUGGAAAAGGAUUCACUGCCUCGCUUUGUGCGCUCUGGGUUUUAUCAGGAGUUCAUCAAGUAGCAAUGUAGUUGGUCUGUGAGAAUCAUCCUGACAGUUAUUUCCUCCACAAUAACCUGCACUUUCCAGCAACCCACAUAUUUUCCUAUAGCAGCUUUUGCUCAAAGACUCUCAAACGGAAAACCCCAGAGAGUGUUGCUUCCUCCUUUGCCCACAUUGUUUUGGAUGUUUAUCUAUUGCCCAAAUGCCUUCCUUUUCCAAUUUCCUCUUCCUGCCCCCAAUCUUAAUUAAGCUCUACUCUUGUAUGUUGUUGUGAAACUCAAUCAGAAUGACAGAAAAAAAUCUAUCAAAGGAAAUAUAAGAUAAGAAUAUGAUAUCAUUGAAUGUAGGUCCAUUUGGUUUAGGUAAUGGAUCUCCCGCUAAAUUGGUAUGAAAAAGAAUGUGGAUGUGGAAAGACCAGUUUCAACUGAAACUAAUGGAUCUCAUUUUAAAAAAAAUUCUGAUCCAUGAGGGGGGUCACCCCUCUCAUUAUUUCUGAACUUGGUUAGUAAAAGUUGCUAAGAAUUUUAUGAGGCAGAGCCACUCUUGGAUUUUUUAAGCAAAUACGUUGUUAAAAGAUAUUGAUCUUCUUCUGAGAGCAUCUUUGUGUUAGCUAGAGAUUAUAAACAAGAGAUAUAGAUACAUAAAUAUGCUGUGUUUAUAUAAGAUCGAUCUGAACGCCAUCCAUAUAACUUCUUUCCCUAUACUUCCCUCAUACCUUCCCAUGCAUAAAGUUACCAAAUUCUGUAUUAAAUCAAUGACCUGAGAUUGACAAGGGACUACUUUAUACAUGUAUCUAUGCCUCUAGUAUGUAGGCACAAAGUUUCAAUUUUCAAAUUAUUUAAAAUUCGUGUGAGUAUAAAAUUCCAAAAUUUCUGACUCCAAUCAUAUAAAACAGUUGCUACUCAUUGCAGUGGUCUCCCACCUCAAUAUCAAGAGGGCUGUACACUAAGAUGGGAAAAUCUUGUCAAGCCUAAAAUGGUUAGUUGUCCUAUGAUGCCAUCAGUUUGUUUAGUAAAAGACGAUUAUCUUUAAAACACCAAAUUAUCUUUGGAAAACUUAAUUUGACUAAAUGCAGAGACGUUCUAAGUGAGAUAAAAUUUUAAAGUACCCUGCAUUUUGCAAAAUAAUCUUAUCUUUUAGCAACCCCUCACUUCCCUCCCUAUUUUGCUUCCUGCAUUAGUGAAUUGUAUUUAUAGUCAAAAUGCACAUUUAUACCCCUAACAUGCCUUACACACAACCAAUUGAUAAGCCAUGGUACUUUUAGUAGGUUUAAACUUUUAAUUCUGUAUUUCAUUAUUAUAAGUUUUGCUAGAAUUUUUUUCUUAUCUUUAGUAGAUUUGAUUAAACAAUGAUUUACAUAAUCUAGUAAUAGAGUCAAACUAUGUAUGAAUAUAACCAAG